AUGCGGUCGAGCUUGGAGGACUUGGUGUGGCAGACCACCUCCCAACUCGACAUCUUGCGGCCGACCAGGGCGACGCUGAUCGGGCUGGGAGCAGAGUGCCCUCCAGACGCACCACAGAGACUAUCGGUCCAGCAGAUCGGUGACGUGGACAUGGCGGAGCUGCGGGCCGACCCUCGUCUAUGGGUGGCGUAUGAACGCGGGUGGCGCGAACACGCGAGAGCUGCACCGGCGAGUCCACUAGCACCGACGGACCGUCGGCCCAUACUAGGGCCAGUCCGCCACACACAGCGGACGGUCAAGAAGGCGACAACGGCACCAACGGCGAAGCCACAACCGCGACCUGCACGCCAACCACCGCCGGCACGCGUAGCACAGGGACCAACGCUGGCCAGUGCCCCACAACCGGUACACAGACGUCCCAGCCAGCAACAACGCCGGAAGCCGCUGACCGUCCAGCCGGCAACUGCCCAACCGCGGGCACAGCUGCCAACCGCCCGACCGCGGGCACAGCUGCCAACCGCCCGACCGCGGACACAGCUGACGGCUGUCCAACCGUGGGCCCAGCCGCCAAGUGUUCCGCCACGGACACAGCCACACACCGCCCAACCGACCGUUGCGCUGCCUCCUAAACCACCGGCCACCACCACCCUAGGACCCGGCCACCAGCCCCCGAUACGAGAACAGCAGCCGGAAACCCCGGUGGAAGCUAUUCCUCAGGAGGGGUCCCCUACCGUGGACGAGGAUGCUUGUCAGGCCCCCCCUCCAGCGUUCGUGUCACACAAACCAAUGGAGGUGGGCGGUGACGAAAUCCUUGUCGAUAUCAAAGCCCUAUACCGGGAAUAG